CUGAAUGAUCCUCUGGCUAGCAAUGGCUGCUACUGUCCAAAGAUUGCUGAGACAUAUGCAUUUCUCCCAAGAGAAGCAGUGACCAGGUUUUUGAUGAGCUGCACAGAAUGUCAAAAACGAAUGCACAUAAACCCGAAUGGUGUGGACUCAAAAGAAAAUGAAAGACCUUCCUCACUGGCUGGCGUGAUAGAUUAUAAUAUGCCCAUUACUGCCACAUACUUGAAGCAGAUGAAACUCCAGUUUAUGAGUACACCUCAUCACCUGGAUGAAAGUUCAGUGAGCAGUGAUGAUUUUGAUAUGAGUGACGCCACAUGGAUUUCAGCUGACCAGUGUAUGAACUCUGAUUUAAGCCCCAGUCAAGAAGAAAGAAUGCACAGUCCACAGAAUCUGCAUAACCAGGAAUAUGAUGAUUCAUCUUCAGAAUGCUACAGCGGAAAUGGCUCUACUACCCUGAAUCCUGCAACAUCAAACAGUACACAGGGAGACAGUACAUUCCCAGAGAUAAAUGGAAAUAGCUCCACUGGCCUAGACUACAGUGCUGGCCCAGAUGACCAGCCAGUCAACCUCAGCGAGCGGCUUCAACCUGGUCAAAUGGAUAAUGGCAAUAUAGAUGGGCAAAGAAACCGGGUUAAAUACACUGGAAAAACAACCUCCGAUGUCAGAUUGAACAGGGACACAAGAGACUAUGGAAAUAAGACCUCGAUAGUGGAAUCCCAGAUUGCCAGAAGCUGCUGGCCAGUCAGAGGCCAGCAGCCUCUGGGUCCAAAAGACUGUUGGUUGAGGCCUAUUUUCAUGGGAUCCAAUGGCAAGAAGUCUCCACCUUAUAGCUCAGGAAGUUACGACUCUAGCAGAAAUGAGCUUUCAGGAAGUUGUCCAGAAGAUCUGUCAAUCAGCAGAGGUGGGGAUGACGACGAUGACGAUCAUGAUGACCACGAAGACAGUGAGAAGAUCAAUGACUCUGAGGGAAUGGAUCCUGAAAGGCUAAAGGCAUUCAAUAUGUUUGUGAGGCUGUUUGUUGAUGAAAAUCUUGACCGAAUGGUUCCCAUUUCAAAACAGCCCAAAGAAAAGAUUCAAGCUAUCAUUGAGUCAUGCAGCCGACAGUUCCCUGAAUUUCAGGAGCGAGCCCGAAAGCGCAUUCGCACUUACCUCAAGUCCUGCAGGCGAAUGAAAAAAAAUGGCAUUGAACUGGCGUCUCGCCUACAUGCCUCCUCUUUCAGACAGGAAGACAGGGAAGAGGGAGCCUCCAACUUCUUCAUGACUGCUGUCGCUGGUUCAGCUCCUUCUUCAACCAACAGGAAGCGUGCUUGCUGGAGGGUGAGACGGACAUCUGGUUUUUCUUCCUCUGAGUCACGACCCACCCCUCCUCAUUUGACCUCAGCUAUGGCAGAAAAUAUUCUGGCUGCUGCAUGUGAGAGCGAAAGCAGGAAAGCUGCAAAACGGAUGCGACUGGAAGCAUUUCAGCUGCAGGAUGAACCUAUUGCACUAGAUAAACAUACUCAACAAGCCAGGGAGACUGCUCAGCUUGCCCACAACACUUAUUCUCUGCCAGCUGCUUCCUACUCUCAAGAUCAGAUGUACAUCAAUGGCGGACUGAACUACAGUUACCGUGGUUACGGAGGAAUAGGCGGUGGACUGCAAACUGGCACCCUCAGCAAUGGUCCAACAGAUCUCAGCAUGAAGGCACUGGCCUCAAACUCAGCUUCAUCCAACACAAACAACAGGAGUGUACCAGCAGCACAGCUCAGUCCAACAGAAAUUAAUGCGGUCCGGCAGCUCAUUGCUGGCUACAGAGAGUCAGCAGCCUUCCUCCUCCGCUCCGCAGAUGAACUGGAAAACCUCAUUUUACAACAAAAUUGACUCUUGUCAGCAUAGUCCUAAUGAUAAAACCCCAUAUCCUGUAGUUAUCCAGUUCAAAACUGGAUAUUGGGGAAGAUUCCUCUUGUUACAAGAUGGCCAUUAACCCAUUGCUGCUAUGGAAGUGAUAACGCCACCAACCUUUAACCUCAGACCUUCAUCAGGACCAGCUGGGAGAGUAAGUAAGUCUUCAACUCAAGGACCUCAUUCACCAGAGAAUAUUUGUUUUCUUAGCUGGCAGCAUAAACUGAAAGAUUUGACACUUGCAAGGACUCCAUUCCUUUCACAGGCAGGUGUAGUUCCUGACCAUCUGCCAUACAAAUCCCACAUAGCAUUCAAUUCCCAGGUGCAAUACCUAGUGACGCUGCUAAUAGAAAUAACCUAGAGUGGACUUUCUGGAACAACAAUAGAGGAGUUGAUCUCUCUUGGUUUGUGUUAAUUCUGGUCAUCAGUUUCAAGUAUGAGGAU